CUCAAGGUCUGGGAGUUCUGCCACCCUUUCCGCCUCGUCCUCGACCAAUGACCUUUCCCGCAUUUGGCACUGCAAACCCGCCCUCUACCUAGUUGGAAGGUCAAUCCAUCCUCAGCUCAGAGCUUCCCAGGACUAUCGCGACGGAUCUACCACCCACCAGCACUCCAAUUGCUCGCUUCCUGUCCUUCCUCAUCCCCUUCAACAAGAAUCGAAACCAUGCCGACCCCCGAGUCCGCCGCUUUCCUGGCUAAGAAGCCCACCGUGCCGCCGACGUACGAGGGUGUCGACUUCGAGGACAACGUCGCCGUGCACAAUGCUCGUGAUGCUAUCAUUCGCGAGCAGUGGGUGCGCAGCAUGAUGUCUCGUCUGGUCGGCGAGGAGCUGUCCAAGUGCUAUCAGAGAGAAGGAGUGAAUCAUCUGGAGAAAUGUGGAAAGCUGAGAGAACGCUACUUCGAACUCCUCUCAGAGCGCAAGAUCAAGGGUUACCUCUUCGAGGAGAAAAACUACUUCUCCAAGGCCGGCGAGGCCGCCAAGUCGGCAUAAAGGACUGAGCGAUACGGAUUCUUCUUGAAUUCCGUUUGACUGGACGAUAAGAGGAACGAGAAUCUGGUGACGGUUCAGCCUUAUAUCUGCCUGAAGAGAACAAAGAAGGUUAAGCGACAACUGGAACUGAGUACUUGCGAUAAGUGAUGGAUGAGGGAAAUUUCUACAGAACAUCUGUCGCAGGUAUCAUCAACCUCGACUGCAAUGUUGAGUGGCUCCGACUUCGGUUUUCUCUUCCUUUCUCUGUUACGGGUCCAUAAGAGCCUUCCGACUUGGCUGGAUUGAUGGAAUGGAAAGUGUACAUAUACUAUACUCUUACGUCGGGCUGCUAUCUGAAAUUCUGAAAAGGAUCGGGAGUGACAGGAGCAAGCUCGUCUUUCUUGGUUUUACUUGCGUGCACGCGAUAAAUCAUGACAUCUCUUUUUUUGGUU